AUGUACGGUACAUGUCUCGGAGGUUGUACAUUGGGGUUCGCUGGUCAUUCCUGUGAACAAUAUGAACGAAUCAACAUGGCGCUUCACCAACCUACCUUUCAGCUUAAUCCUGUCUACACAAGUCGGAAUCUUGUUGAUGGUAAGAAAACCGACUUUUCUCUAGGAGGGAAUCAGUGUACCACUACAGCCGAAAACAAAGCAUUCGCCAUGUGGUGGGUGGAUCUGAAAAACACACGACGUAUUGAGCGUAUAAGAGUGUACUCAAGAAGGGACGACAAGCAAUGGGGUCUAAAGAACGAAUUUACAAGUCGGUUUCGCGGGUUUACAAUUGUUGUUUCCAACACAACUGAACAUAAGAACGGUGUAGUGUGUUACAAUGAUCGAGUUUACCUCAGUAACAUAGUACCUUCUGUGGUUGAUGUAUUCUGUUCUGCGAUUGGUCGAUACGUUAUCUAUUAUAAUGAGAGAUUUUCUGACCUGACGUACCCAUACGGCUACAGCAAAUUUGCAUUUGUUGAUCUCUGUGAAGUGCAAGUCUACGGUUGCCCUGUUCUUGAAUACGGAUUUGAAAACCCUAAGUGUACAGUUCCAUGUGCGGCUAUGUGCAAAAGCCGCCUGGAGAAUCUGAGUUACAAGAAGAACACUUGGCAGCAUACAACGCGUUCGACAGGUUAUAGCAGUAGAGCUGUGGAUGGACUUUAUACAGAUCGGUCCUAUAGUGGCAACCAAUGUGCGGCGACUGGAGAUUCAUAUUUUGCUCUAUGGUGGGUCGAUCUGGGACAUGUAUCUAGAAUAGACCACAUCGUCAUGUAUUUCAGAACAGAUAACGAACCAUGGGGCUACUCCAAUGGUUUAACAUCAUAUUUUCUUGGGUUUUCCUUGUACAUUUCGAACACUACCAAUCGACUUGAUGGUGUUCGCUGCUUCCACGACAAAACAUAUACAAAACAAACAAUUCCUGAUCACGUGUCAAUUGACUGUCCAUACGUCGGCCAAUAUGUAUUCUACUACAAUGAAAGGUUUCCUGGAAUAAAAUACCCCCAGGGUUAUUCUAAGUACGCGUAUGGUGAUCUGUGCGAAGUCGAGGUUUAUGGUUGUCCUAGUCCCGUAGCCGAGGUUCCCCAAUGUUCAGACCCUUGCCCAGUGGACUGUGAACAGUGUUAUCCGGGAACGGGGUGGUGCACCAAAUGCAAACCUGGUUUUGAAGGCGCUGCUUGUGAAAUAAGUCAGUGUUUG